UUUAAUUUCUCUCUCCAUAUUUGCAUCUCUUCUUCUUCUUCUUCUUCUUCUUCUUCUAUCUCUAGAAUGAGCAGUCUGAGAAUGGUGGAGGCAAAACUGCCCCCAGGGUUCAGGUUUCAUCCGAGAGAUGAAGAACUGAUAUGUGAUUACCUGAUGAAGAAGGUGGCUAAUUCCUCCGAUCAUCUUCUUCACUGCCCCCUCUUGAUUGAAGUUGACCUCAACAAGUGUGAACCUUGGGACAUUCCUGAGACUGCAUGUGUGGGGGACAAGGAAUGGUACUUCUACAGCCAGCGGGAUCGGAAAUACGCCACCGGACUUAGAACGAACCGGGCCACGAUGUCGGGGUACUGGAAGGCCACCGGGAAGGACCGGCCGGUCUUUCAAGGAAGCACCCUUGUUGGGAUGAGAAAGACCCUAGUUUUCUACCAAGGGAGGGCUCCCAAGGGAAGAAAGACUGAUUGGGUGAUGCAUGAAUUCAGGCUUGAAGGACCUCUUGCUUCCCCUAGGGUUUAUUCAAGCAAGGAGGACUUGGUUUUGUGUAGGGUUUUCUACAAGCACAGUGAAGUUGCAGCAAAACAAGGCAUGAGAAGGGAUUAUAAUAUUGAAGCAAGCUCUUCAUCUCUUCCUCCAUUGAUGGAAACCUUCGUCCCCUUCGAAAACCAGACGACUCAAGCAAGCACAGACGGCGAGCAAGUGCCCUGCUUCUCCAUUUCCACCCCAAGCCAAUUAAGCCAAAACCAAAAUCUCAUCUAUCCAUUAAUCACUAAUUUCCCAAACCAGGUGGCGCCAAUCAUGUUUGAAGGAUUAAUCCCAGACCUUGGCUCUUGCUUGAGCCCUCUCUCUUGUGACAAAAACACCGUCAUAAAGGCAGUUCUGAAUCAUUUCAAGAUGGAAACCGCUAGCCCUAAUUUGAAAGGCUCAACAACAGGGUUAUUAGGUCAAGACAGCUCUGAGAUCUUCUUUUCUGAUGUGGGUUUGCCCCCCAUGUGGAGCCAUUGCCAAAGCAAAUCAGCCCAGCUUCAUGGAGUUUGGAGUUGAUUAGUUUUCUUUCCUUUUUUUCUUCUUUUUUUUUUUUUUUAAUGAGGUUUUCCUUGUGGUGGUGUAUUAGUAUCCAUUAGUUUCCUACUUUCGAAAGGAUAAUUGGAGUAUAUGUGUGUUGUUUAACUUUAAUUAUAGACCUUAAUUAGUAUGUGUGGUAAUAUAAGUGAUGGUUUUUU